AUGUCUACAACGCAAGAUCGCGUUUCGCAACGCGCCCCCAGGUCUUGCCAACCAUGCAGUCGGCGCAAGCUCAGAUGCUCAAAGCAAAUCCCCUGUUCCGCCUGUGUCUCGCGAGGUGUCCCCGACGACUGCCGCCGGGAGUCAGUCAUCUUGUCCAAACAUACUGCAAAGGCCUACAGACCUCGUCGCUCCGUUGCAGAUGUCAUCAGCCCGAAUCUUCCUCCUUCCCCAGCUUCUCAAGACAACAUUAGUCUUUCCGAAAUUCCAGAUGCGUCCCCAAAGACUGAUGCAAGACAGCCUACGGCUAGGGAGGACGGCAAGGAAAUAGAAGGGUCCGGUAACAGUCUUCCACUUACGUCUCAGCCACUGGACGGGACAGGUCGCUCUAUAGGCGUUGCAGCCAUCUCUUCCUUACUACAAGAGAGCGAACCGAGACAGUCUGGCCCACGUAACUAUGGGAACACGCAUCCUGUGUGCACAGAGGUUGUGCUCUCUCUCGAAAGUCUCGUUUGGGGAAGUCACCUCGCGUCUGGCACAGACAAGCGGCCUAACCCUCCCACCAACACCGAACUACCUGAUAGGACGACCCUUGUUCUACCGGCUCGUCUGGAAGAAGCCAUCCUCCAGUUUCAUCAAGAACACAUCGCUUGGAUGCAUAAUGUCAUACAUGUUGCUUCGUUCGCCGAGGAGUGCAUCAGCUUGCGAUGGGAACAAGCCAUACCCAGCAUGGCGUGGCAGUCGCUUUACUGGUCUAUGAUGAGCGCGGGUUUAUUUUACAUGAAGCAUCAGUCUUGUGUCGAGCUUGGAAUCCCGGACAAGACUACGCUCACCGAAACAUGCUACCGCAGAGCUCUGGACGCCCUCGCGUCGUCUGACUUUAUGGCAGUUCAUUCAAGUGAGAUACCUCAUCCUUGGUCGUACACGCUCUCCAAGCCAUCUGUCUACUUGUUCCGUGCGCAUAUGCUUUCGGUCAGAGAUUCCAAGCGCAUCAUUGUCCUCUUAUCCUCCGCAACCUGUAUCGCACAGCUCAUGAGAAUUCACGUCAUGAGCCCGACUCCACCUGAGCCUGCUUCCGCAAACUCUUUGAUGGAACACGAGAUAAAAAAGCGAAUCUGGUACUUCCUAGUGAUCCAAGAUUCCUACCUUACCACGUUCAAGGGGACUUCCAACAUAGUCCCUGCCCAUGCCAAGACUCCUCUGCCGGUGAACUGCUCCGAGGUGAUGGAGGAAUUCCAGGACGCUAGCAAGGUCCAGGUGCUUCCACUUUCGACACCAACGCAAACAACGUACAUGAUUCUCCAAGUCCACCUUACCAGCAUCAAACGGAGAUUACACGAAGGCACGUAUGAGACCGCAGGCAAAAUAGUCAACGUCGCGGAAAGAUACCAGAAAGUCUUGCAAACUGAUCAAGACUUGGCCAUCCUCCGGCAACAACUUCCUCCAUGGAUGAAGACCAAGGCUUGCCCAACGGACGCGGCGCCUUUCGUAAGACACCAAUGGCGGACCUUUCGAAUAUCUUAUGCACACAUGAAACUAUCCAUUCAUCGGGCAUUCUUCUGUCACUCAUUUACUAUGAAGCAAUUCAGCUACUCGCACCAGGCGUGCUUGGAUGCCGCUCGCAUGUUGCUGUUGACGUAUCGCGACACGGCUCAGGCCAGCGAAUUUGACAGCUGGACUGUUCCAGCCCACGUCAUCAGCGCCAGUCUCAUUGUAACUUUGGACAUUGUACUUCGCGAUAGUGGCGACGACUUUGACCCCAAUGUUGCAAGAUCAUUCGCCGAUGAUAAAGGCCUCAUGUUAGAGUGUCUGGAGCUGGUGGCAGCUACCCAGUCUAGCCUGCUGGUCAAGAGAGGCCUUACUCUGGUCAGCAAACUUCUUUCCGACAGAGAACAGAGGAUCCCGACCUAUUCACGUUUUGAUGGUCCGGAAAUCUCAAAGCUUGUACAGGAGGUUGAAGACGCAUUGGCAACCGAGGAGGCGCCCCCUACCGCGUACAAUGUGACAUUCGAGGAGUACUUGGAUAUGAUGGGAGACGAUCUUUUUUCUUUCAUGGACCACGAAUCGUGUCUUCUAGAUUAG